GAAGAAGAUGAGGAACAUCAAAAUGCGAACACAAUUAUUGGGAGAUCGCCUUUCAGUCGUGCAUUCAAGAAGGUCCUGGAGGAGGUUCAGGAUGAUGUUGCAAAUGAUGAGGAGUCACCACCCGAAGAGGACAAUCCGUAUUUCUGCCCAGGUAUUAUUAACUUGCUUUUUGACAACUAUCUGGGCAUUUUCCCCCUCUGGAGUGGCCUGCUUUUGGGGAACUUAGAAAGAUAUGCUUCAGACAAGGAAGAUAUCACCUUUGGGCUCCACAAAACACGUGAAACAAACUGCCAUGUGGAGAGGUGGUUUGGGAUUGUAAAAAAUUCCAUCCUAAGAAAACAGAGGCGACUUCGGCCAGGGACCUUUGUGAGAAAAAUGUACAGCUCUCUGCAGGGGAGAUACAGAGAGCACAUAAUCUCUAACAACUUCACAGAAAACAUACUACUGAAGCCAGUGAAAAUGAAAGAUAUCUCCCAGUCUGAAGAGGGUUGGGCGAAGAGAAAUGGAGCAAAGCCCAGUGGACCAAGCUCAAAAUUUUACUCAGUUCCAACAAAGGUCCCAGUGCCAAAGAGGGAAAAAUCAGCUCAGACCAAGGGCCAAAACACCAGCAGCAAUCACCCCAUGAACCUCAAACAGUCCAAUCCUGUAACAGAGAAGAAAACAAAACAGCACCUUCUAAAGGCCGAUCAAUCCACAUCAACUGUCCCAGACAAUGUGGAACUGGACAAACAGCUCUGCACUUUGUGGAAAAAGAAAGACACAGAAGUUGUUGUCUCAGUAAUUCCUUCCCAGCACAGAGGAAACAACUUUGUGAUCCACCAUAGCGAGCUGCGGUCACUUCGGCCACACCAGUGGCUUACAGGCGAGAUCAUUGAAAGCAUUCUACAUCACACUGCCAAUGUCCUGAACUUGGGGAGCACAGUGUAUGUAAUGAAUCAUUACACAACUGGUGUGAUCCUCUUUGGUAACAGAGAAGAAAUCCAGAGGCAAAGUUUGUCAAAGGUUAACUUUGACAAGUACCAUGCAGUUGUGUCAUUUGUCAAUAUUGGCAAUGUUCACUGGAAGUUCUUGUAUAUCAAUGCAGCAGACAGCUGUGUGUAUCUGGUUGAUCCAGCACGAAGCUCCACUGAACAACAAGAUUCAGACCUUGCUGCCAAAAGAUUCCGUGACUACUUCAAAAUGCGGAGGACCUGCCACAACAAGACAGACUGGGUGGAUCUGAAACUCAAAGGUGGUGUAAUUCAGCACCCAGUUCAGAGGGAUGGCAGCAGCUGUGGAGUGAUUGUCAUUUUGAUGGCCAAGGCGGUCAUGAAUGCAUAUCCUGACAAACCAGUCAUGGCAUUUCAGACAGACACAGCAGAAAUAGCCAAGAAACGUGAGACAUUGGCGAAGGAAGUCCUUGAGGCAUCAGUGUUUGACAUGGACAACAACUGUGCCUUAUGCGCAAUGGCAAAACCACCUCUCCCAGGGCCCUCCAUUACUGACUGGAUUCAGUGUGACGACUGUGGAAGAUGGUUCCAUGCCCAGUGCCUCCAGAUGGAUGAUGCAGAGCUUGCACAUGUUUCUAAGGAGUACUGGAAGUGCUCUUUGUGCAUUUAAUAUAUUUUUGUUUAUUUGUUGUAUUUACUUCUCUUUUUGGUUAUCAUUUUUACUGUAUAAAGUUAUUCAGACAGAUGCAUCCAGUCUCAUAAUAAGACAUUUAAAAUGUGCACUUAUUACAAAG